CCAUGACUUAGGUGAUGCCAUUCGGCCAGAAACACAAGCGGAGCACGAGUUCAGCAGCAGCAGGAGCGAGGUAGCAGUGUGAGGAUUACAGCGUUAUAGCGGUGUUUCUCGGUGUGUGAGCGGCUGUAGUGAGACUGUGAGGAGUUUAUAGGCGGUGUGAGUGUUUUAUAUAGCUAGUUUGAGAAGGUUUAGGCUGUAGAGACGCAGCGUUAGCUUCGCUCAUUCAUUCAGGAGUGAGGUCGCUUAGCUAGCUUGCUAGUUUUGCUAACGCUAGUUUAGCUAACCGCUAAGCUAACUACCUACCUAGCUAACAAAGGAAACGGAGGAGGUGUCCGGGCAGCGGGCGUGUUGUUUGGCUUUGUGAGAGAUUUAGCUAUUAUUUGAGGUUGGGAGCACAACAUAAACAUUGUGGUGUACUAAUACUAUUAUUUUUGUUAAAUUACAUACGUUUAUAGCUAAGAAAGAGGCUUAUUUUUGUUCAGUUUUCUUUCUUUUUUUUUCCAGUGUUGGGAGACCGCUGUUAGCUCCUAGGCUAAUAGUUAGCGUAAGCUAAGCUAGGCUAGCUAUUGUAGCGUCGUUUUUCCAGCUGCUUUCUAGCUAAAAAAUAAGCUCUGCCCGCUGUCUGAGCCGAGAUGGCUGAAAUGUACAUUCGCGUGGCCGAGGAGGAGAACGAGGAGCCAAUGGAGAUUCCGUCAGAAGACGACGGAACCGUGCUGCUCUCCACGGUGUCGGCGCAGUUCCCGGGCGCCUGCGGCCUGCGCUACCGGAGCCCCAUAUCGCAGUGCAUGCGGGGGGUGCGCCUGGUGGAGGGGGUCCUGCAUGCUCCUGAAAACGGCUGGGGAAACCUCGUCUACGUCGUGAAUUACCCUAAAGAACCGGCCCUCCCAGACAACAAAAGGAAGAUGGACGAGAUCGAGGCUUCAUCUGCAAAGAUGAAAAGAGGAGACCAUAAAACUUCAGAUCUGAUUGUGUUGGGUUUGCCUUGGAAAACUUCAGAACAAGAUUUAAAAGACUACUUCAGUACCUUUGGUGAAGUCAUUAUGGUGCAGGUAAAGCGUGAUGUUAAGACUGGAAAUUCAAAGGGGUUCGGAUUUGUGAGAUUUGGUGAAUGGGAAACGCAAAGUAAAGUCAUUGCUCAGCGGCAUAUGAUCGACGGGAGAUGGUGCGACUGCAAAUUGCCGAACUCUAAGACUGAGGUUCCGUACUCCAACUGGACAACACCUUGCUAUACCAAUAAGAGUCAUUGGCAAGGUCCUGAUGAGCCAAUGAGGAGCAGAAAGGUAUUUGUGGGGCGCUGCACAGAGGACAUGACCGCCGAUGACCUGCGGCAGUUCUUCAUGCAGUACGGCGAGGUCACAGACGUCUUCAUCCCAAAGCCUUUCCGAGCUUUUGCUUUUGUUACUUUUGCUGAUGAUCAGGUUGCCUCCUCCCUUUGUGGAGAAGACCUGAUCGUCAAAGGAGUGAGCGUGCACAUUUCUAAUGCAGAGCCUAAACAUAACAACAGUAGGCACAUGAUGGAUCGGGCAGGCCGCUUUGGGAACGGGUUUGGGGGUCAGGGCUUUGGCAGCAGUCGCAGCAGCUCUAGUAGCCUGAGCAACUUUGGUAACUUCAACCUCAACCCAGCCAUGAUGGCUGCUGCCCAGGCUGCUCUGCAGAGCAGCUGGGGAAUGAUGGGCAUGUUGGCUCAACAGGGUCAGUCCACCACAUCUGGCUCGAGCACAAGCACAGGCUCCUCUCGAGACCAGACGCCAUAUGGCUCAGGCAGCAGUAACUACAACAGCAGUUCAGCUGCUCUUGGGUGGGGUGCCGGGUCAAAUACCAGUGCAGGUGGCACUGGGUUUAACACAAGCUUCGGCUCCAGUAUGGAGUCAAAGUCUUCAGGGUGGGGUAUGUAAGUUGUGGAAGCGGAUGGUGUUUGUUUUUGAAGUGUUGGUAUUUCUAGUGUGUGUGUUUGGUAAGUAUUUUUUUUGAGAGACUUAACUCUUGUCAGGUGUGUGUUUGAGAGGGGGAGCAGGAGAGAUGGGGGAAAACUUGGGGGUGGGGGAGGGAAAGCAGAUUGUUUUGUACAUUUAAACAAGAGAUUAAAUUUAGUGUUUAAAGUGAGCUAUGUUAAUCAGAGUGUUACACAGAAAUGCAUCAUCUUUGGUGUAACUUUUUUUUUAUUUUCUUUACAUUGUUGUAUUGAUUGCAUGGGAGUAGGGAGAAAUUACAGUUCAACUGGAUUCUUAGAAUGCAUGCGAUUUAAACAGUGGUCAUUGAACAUGCAUGCGAAAAGACCAAAAUAUCCACUGAUCUUUUUUAAAAGCUUGCAUUGGAAAGAAUCUGGUUGAAACCUGCAAUCUUUUGAGUUCAGCAUUGUUUGCAAAACUGUUUGGUAAAAAUACAUUUAAAAGCCUCCAUCGAAAUCUCUUCUGCAGUUACCAGCUGCGGGUUUUGCCUGGGAAGAAGGCCCUCUGUGGCAGCACUGUGUGGCUGAGAUCAUAAUCCCACCUUCUUCCCCAUGUCUAAAAGCUCUCAUCGCACGGCUCGCUGACACGGUGGGUGUCUCCUUUGUUUUAAUCAACUUCCUUUUUUCUGAUUGACAAGAACUACGCUGAAAAUGAACAAUUUUAACAACUCUUGAGUGCGAUUGGUGGUGGAGAAGAGUGAGAAGGCUGCGAGUGAGCGAACGGAGAGAGGAAAGCGUGGAAGCGAGCGAGCGAAAAAGACUGAUGCGAGUGCAAUGAAAGAGCUCAAAUGUGACUGCAGUGGGUGGCUUUUGUGAGCGUGUGAUUGAGAGCUUGACAAUUCCCAGCUUUACCUAUAUACAACCCCCAAUACAUGGACAAUUAGUUUACCUGUACCCUAAAGGAUAUUCCCCCCCUCCCCUUUAGGCCUCCCAUUUUCCUUUUCUCCUACAGUAGACUGACAAUGUGUUUAAGUAGCUAGUGGAAUGUUGUGAUGAAAUAUUUUUUUUGUCUUGCUUAUAUAAUCUGAUAUGAAUGCUGUAUGGUGUGUGUGCUUUAUUUCCUUGUAACUUGACCUGUAAGUGUGAACUUUGAUGUGGAUGACCUCGUCAGUGGACGCUGAGGGGGGUGAGAACGAGUGAUGGUGUAAGUGUGACCUGUAUGUUGAGUGCUGUGAAUGUCUGUGGAUUGAAUUCCUUAUAGAUAACAUUUGCUAAAUGUUUUCAAAGGCAUUUUAUAUGGCUUGUCAAAUGAAGGGAGUGCUUCAAUAAAAAAAAAUAUUUGACUAGAUCUCAUACUGGAUUGACCUUAAAUGAUAUAUGGAAAAAAACAGAAAACUAACUCAAUUCACACAUUUAGGGGCCUGGGAUAUGGCUGGCUGCGGGUUGUGCCUGAACCCCAAGUGGAAAGUCUGUUUGGGGACAGCAGAAGAUGGAGGAGUGUCUGGUUGCCCAUUACACCAUUAGCGUCUCUGGUAACAGAAAUGGACACCGUAUAAUUUAGCUGAUCUACAGGCACCUUGCAUUGGGCUUUUUUGGAGCCAGAUUAAGCUUGGCUGUGGUUUGUUUGAAUGACACAUUUGUUAGAUGCUUUAAAUGCACGAUUUAAAAUAGGCUUAAUCUGGACCCAAAACAGUAAUCUAAUCAUUUAGAUGCAAAAUAUGACCAGGGACUGAUUUUGUACACUGAAAUGCAAUAAUUGGUGCUUUUGUGAUUUUAGUGUCUCCAUUUUCAUUUUUUGGUCAAAGCAGUCUAGAAAAUGUGGCAUCUGUGGAUGUGAAAGGAUGUAGGUCACAAAUCUAUUUACCAAAUGUCUUGGCAUUCAACAGUUUUAUAUCAAAAUUGAACAGUGUUUUAUACGGUUACAAUUUCUUACAUUCACAGGCAGUGGAAAACUGUUUUGCACACUCUGUAUUACAAUAAAAUAACAACCUGGA